AUGCUAUUCGUGAGACACCAUUACAAGCAUUAUUUUUGCCCACAUCGAGCAAAGCACUAACCGCCAGGUGAUUAAUUUGAAACGCAGGUGACCUUUGGCCCGGAACUGUACUGUGACACCAUAACAAGGAAGUAAAACGGAUCACCUAACAGUUAAUAGUAGGACUUGGUAAAUUACAGAGACAGUUUAGAAUUGAACAUACCCGGUGGACCACUAAAGACCAGCUCAGUUCGUGCGUUUUCUCUCUUCUGAACGUGAGUCCUGCCUAAAAUGGAUCAAAAAGCGUCAGAGGCAGCAAAACCGAGGUCCCAACGUUUGAUUGAAGAACAACAAAGAAGGGGAGACGAAGGGCAAAGUCCGCCACACCAAACGAUGUCUUGUUCUGGUCAUGAAGAAAUCGCUAGAGAACAUGGGAGAAAUGUUGCUGUAAGGAGCAACGUCUCGGACAGUGACGAACCUACAAACAUCGCUCCUAACCUUGACAAUGAGGAUGAGGAAGGGGUCGGUACGUGUCAGGCCACAGACGUCGAUCUUCAUCAUGAUCAGGAAUCCUACGACAUGGCCUUACUGGCGCUGGAUCAGGGGAGAGACACUCAAGUCUUGGACGGCCGUCAGGAAUGCUACAAUGACGGAGACGUGGUGGCGUUCUCAGAAACAGAACAUGCAGUGACACAAAUUACAAACCCUAGUCAAGUGAGCGGCCAAGGCAACAAGAUCAUCAACAUCGGACCCAAUUCCACCGUCAAUAUCUUCCACGGAACAUCCGAUGAGCCUAGCACAGUUCCCAACAUUGAUUUUCCCCUGGCUCAAUGUCAAGAUUCACUUAAGUCGUAUUUCAAGACAAGACUGAGCUACCUUCACCCACUAGCGUGGAAUGAGACUUUCACCAUGAAGAUUGAGGACAUCUUUACGACUGUAGACCUCGUGUCGCGAACACAACAGGGAGGACACAUUGAACGGCGCGCCCUUCCCUCUACUGUCGACGCCUUGACUGCCAGGCCCAAUUGUCCCCAGCCCAGGCGCAUUUUGAUCGAAGGUAACGCAGGGAUAGGGAAGACGACUGAAGUUUCCAAACUAGCUUUUGACUGGGCCGAGGGGCGUUCUGCCGUUCUGGAAAAGUAUGAUCUGGUUUUCCCAAUCGCACUGCGGAAAGUUGGCGAGUCCCAGUCCCUCACAGAGUGCAUCUUCGACCAACUCCUACCAGAAGAUGUGCCGUUCCAAGAGUCCGACUUAGAAACGUACCUGAAGGGGAAUGACCGAGUCUUGAUCAUUCUCGACGGCUUCGACGAGUGGGUCAUACAUGAAGGGCAUGACGUCACCAAACUUCUGACUGGUAAGAUUCUCCGUGACUGUUGCCUGUUGGUGACCACCAGACCUUCCCACACCCCUCAGCUGCAGAGUCUGAUGUGUCCGGACACACAGGUGGAGAUCACGGGGUUCAGUCAGGACAACAUCCGCACGUACGUCCACAGGUUCUUCACGGGAGACGAGGCCAAGGCAGCAGCCUUAGUCAGUAAAAUGGACUCCUCCCUAAUCCCCACAGGCAUUCUGGCAACACCAAUACUGCUUUUGUUGACUUGUAUGAUGUGGGAGGAGAAGCAGGAUUUGGUGUUUGGAGGUCGAAUCUUUCCCCUUUAUGAUGAGCUAGUUUCCUUCACCAUAAGGCGGCAUUGCGUUAGGAACAAGAUUGUAGCUGACCAGGGUAUUCCUGACAACAUCAAAGACGCACUUUUGUGUGCUGGGGCUCUUGCUUUCAAUGGCUUGUUGCAGAAUAAUCUUGUAUAUAGCAAAGACGACGUGGCCAAGUAUUGUGGUGAAGAUAGUUUGCAGGAGCUUGUGUUGUUGGGGAUCCUUCACAGACAAGAAAGUCCCUCCAGACUCAACCCUUCUGCCCAGUUUUCCUUCUCCCACAAGACGAUGCAGGAGUAUUUCGCAGGGUUGCAUUUCGCAAAAAGGCUUCAGGACAAGUCCAUUCUGAACACGUACCUAAGAACGGCUGAAACUGUGCGUGACUUGGAAAACAUGGAUGGUCAUUUUUGCCUGUGCGAAGUUAGGACGCGAAGCGGAUGUUCUAUUGGCCCAUCUUGUCAAACUCUAUCAAGAGGAGGUAGAACAUUUGUCUGAUACCUUCAGUCAUAGGCUCCAUCGCAGACACAUAGACCACUAUCUUUAUUCUAAAUGUCGGGCUACGGGGAAUGAAGGAGAGUUUUUGAGUCCUUCUGAGUUGGCUUUCUUUCGCUACCAGGUGUAUAUGGAGAUUGCACUGUUGUGCUUCUACGAGAGUGGUUGUCUCACACAGGUAGAGAAUAUCUUUCUUGCUAAAGGUGUCAUUCAGUUUUCAAAUGUUGGCCCUCGUGUCUACAACGCCUUGGAACAUGUUCUGAACAAGAUCCAACCCCAAUCCCUUAGAAAUGUAAAAUCACUAUGGUUGGUCAACACAACGCAAUGCUUUGUCAGUCCGGUCAUUGGCUACCUUAAGAUGAUGAGUUUGUCUGAGUUGGACCUUCGUGGCGCUUGUCUUGGAGGUCAUGACCCCAACACAGGACCAUGUGUCCGUCUGUCACAACAGCUGCCUUACCUAACAAGUUUGAGAAAACUUGUGUUGUCUUGGAAUGAUCUCCUCCGGUCGGCCUUGCUUGUCUUACUGCCUUCCUUAAAAAUGCUAGUCAACCUUAAGAAAUUGUAUCUCUCUGGUAGUCAGUUUGACGGUUGUGGAAAGGACAUUUCAGAACUCGUACGUUCCUUGCCUGGCCUGGAGCUUCUGACGGUGUGUGAUUGUGGAUUAACCCUGAAGGACGUUCUUGAUAUAGCCACUGCAGUGGUGCAACACUGUCCACACAUGGAAAGGUUCACCUUCCAAUCCAACAUGACAGGUCCUGGCGGUGAUAAGAAAGUUAUGGAUGUGCUAAAAAAUUCACAACUCGCAAUGACAUUGUUUUAACAGGUUUGUAACAUUUGUGUACUACCCAUGGUCAGAGCAUUGCUAAAGAAGUCUGUAGGUCAGAAACCUCAUUUUCUUUGAAAUCUGUAUCCAUUUAUGUCCAAAUAAUUACCUCCAUGAAAUGUCAUGGAGGUUAUAUUUUACCCCGCGUUUGUGUGUCUGUGUGUGUGUAAACAAGAU